AUGUUUUCACCAACUCUCACUGAACAGCAACAACGCGAACUGGCGAAGCGACUGACUUCAUUCCUGUCUGCAUACAAGCACAUAAGUGACUCCUACAUAAUUGAGUUUUUCACAGAGAAUUUGUGGCAGACUUUGCCCGUUAAAUGGCAGGAGGCUCUAGGCGAUCUGUCGCCCCCACAGAUAGCUGAUCUGUUACUGGAUAAACACUUCAAUAACAGAACAUACCCGACUGUGUGGCCUCUCUCUCUGCUGGCUUUCUGUGCUACGGCACACACUCUGGCGUUUCCUCGGAUUCCUCGCGGCCGGCACGCGCAACAGUCAGUCCACGGGAAACCAGACGAAUUCCACGCAAACGAGAGUCAGAGUUCGCUUUUAGGACACCUCUUCCGUAAACAUGUGAAACCUAAGAAACAGCACGAGAUCCGCAAGCUUGGGAUGCUGGUGAAACAGCUUUGUGAUUUCACAGGGUGCAACAGCGUGAUUGAUGUGGGAUCUGGGCAGGGUCAUCUCACCCGUUUCCUGUCCUUUGGACUUGGCUUGGACGUCACUGGAAUAGAGGCUGAGCUACAUCUGGUAACUAUGGCUUCUAGAUUUGAUGGACAGUUACUAAGAUCACUGGCAAAGGACAGACUGAAGAAACCCCAACUCUUUCAGUCAGCACCUGGUCCAGUGCCGCAUCAUGUGCUUGGCUGGGUUAAUCCCAGGGCCUCAUGGGAAGAGUUCAUUAAGCAGUUGGCUACUAAAGAGAAGGAAAGCGAGAGUCAUUGUCAUUGGCUCUGUAAGAGGCAGCGGGUAUCAAAGACAGAGGAAGACCGAGAGUCUACAAAUGAAAGCACAGCACAGUCCAACUGCCCAACCUGUUCUGGCAUGAAGCAAUCCUUGUUACAGGAGAGGACUCAUAACAACAGCACUGACUCCAUAAACCAACCCGACUCUGCUGUCUCCUCACCAGAGUCAGGGGUAGAGCCUAGUUCCCCUUCUCCAUUAGCAUGUCCUUGCAAAUUUGACAAUAAAGCAGGUGUGGAUGAAUCGCCAAGCUCUGCUUUUUCCAGCUCUUGCGCUGCCAGCACUUUAUCGACGGACCCAGCUGUUAGGCUUAGUCAGAGAAAAAGCACUAACUCUGACUUUGUGCUAACAGGGCUUCACGCCUGCGGAGACCUCAGUGCCACUCUCCUCCGUCAUUUUGCCAACUGCCCCCACGUUCAAGGAAUCACCUCGGUGGCAUGUUGCUACAUGAAGAUUUCCACCGAAGAGAACCCCAACCCUCCUGGAGUCAUUCAUGCUUCACCGUCCAAUCAGACACAAGGCUCCUCCUACCCAGAGUUUGGUUAUCCAAUGAGUGAAUGGGUGCGAGGGUUACCUGGACACCAGCUGUCUUAUAAGGCACGUGAGGGGGCAUGCCAUGCCGUCGAAGACUACGUGGAGAGGCUGAGGGAAGGCAGCGGGCUGCUUAAAUCACACUGCUACAGAGCUACUCUGGAGACUAUCAUCAGAGGCUUAAGGCCUGACCUAUGCAGGGCAGGAAUCCAGACCAUAAAGAAAGCUCACGAUCUGAGCUUUUCAGAGUAUGCCCAGCUUGGCUUUCAGCGUGUGGGAUUGCCCGCCGAUCUUCCCUUGGACCACGCCAGUGUAAAUGCCAUGCUAAAACAAAAUAGCAAGGUUUUGGUGUACUUCAGCCUGUCUUUGCUGCUAGCACCUGUUGUGGAGACGAUGGUGCUGUUGGAUAGAAUGCUUUUUCUGCAGGAAAAAGGUCUGCAGAGUCAGCUGGUGGCACUCUUUGAUCCAGCAUUCUCUCCUCGAAACCUGGUCCUGGUGGCAGUCAAGCCAAGACCAGAUGCAGACUGAGGAAAGUCUAAUAAAGAACACGGAUAUCUUCAUACAAAAUUUAGCAUUCGACUCAGGAAGAUGUGGACUGGCCGCGUUUCAAACUGAAAGACCCACAGGGGAGUUUAAGUGCAAUUUUGCUGCUAGAAAGCUACUGUUUACUCAAUGACCGCAGGACAUCAUCAUAUGACAAAACACUCUUUA